UUGAGCUCUCUCUGGUUAAUAUUUUUGAUUUCUAUUAUAGAAAUAAAACAAAAAUCCCAAGAUGGGUCGUGUUAAGCUGGAGAUAAAGAGAAUAGAGAACAACACAAACCGGCAAGUUACAUUUUCCAAACGUAGAAAUGGACUCAUUAAGAAAGCUUAUGAGCUUUCUAUUCUUUGUGACAUUGAUAUUGCUCUCAUUAUGUUCUCUCCCUCUGGUCGUCUUAGUCACUUCUCCGGCAGAAGAAGGAUCGAGGACGUCUUCACUCGUUACAUUAAUCUCCCUGACACAGAAAGAGAACACGCUAUAAUGAACUCUAAUAACCAGACCAGAGUACAUCAUGAUAUUCAAAACAAAGAGCAUUUGCUUAGGAUCCUGCAGCAACUUAGGAGCGAAAAUGAAAUUGCUUUUCAACAUGCCAAAAGUCCAACAACCCCGGCCGACAAUGAUGUGGAGGAAGCCCAUCGUGAAAUUGUUAGCCUGCAACAGCAAAUCCAAAUAGUAGAGGAACAGUUAAGAAUGUAUGAACCCGAUCCAUUAAGGAUGACAUCUAUGGAGGAGCUAGAAUCCUGCGAGAAAACUCUUGUUGAUACAUUAUCAGCCGUCCUUCACAAAAAGGAGUUGUUGACUAAUAAUAAUCAGCUAUCUUCCUAUGACUCAUCCGGAGUACAGGCACAGCAGGUGUAUCCAACCUCAUAUGAGAACGAAGUUGGAGGUUGGUUGCCAAAUACAAACCAAAACCAUCCUCAAAUGUUCCACACAUCGGCUCCAUUGGAUACUCUAAGGCCGUGCUUGUACAGCGAAUUGGGAGCGACCGUUUACGAUCCAUUUUCACAAGCAACAAGUUCGAACGCUGAUCCGAGCAGUAUGGGAGAUUGUCAUGCGGGCAGUGCAAGUGAAGCUGCAGAACUUCAAGCUUGGGGGCCUCCUCAGGCCUAUGCUACUGCUGCUUCCACUUCCCACCUCUCCCAGCUCUUGCAACCAACCUUAUACCAUCAUCAAAUUCAGCAGCAACAGCAACAGGACAUGAGGGACAUGAUGAAACAGGAACAGAUGGGGUCUGAUCAUCACGUUUACCAGCUUCAGUCACAAAAUUAAUUAACUAAUUAAUUAGAUCAAAUUCUCUUAGCUAAAUUAGGUAAAAAAAAAAAUUAAAAAAAAAAGGGGAGAGAACAAAGGGAAUACUUGGGGUUUUAGUUUCUAGUUCCGUCCUACCAUCAAAAACUGCAAAAGUUCCACCUGCUCAUUCGUCAUUUGCAAUGCUGGACUUUACUGGUUCAAUUAAUUUUGACCAUCUAAAAUAGUACAAUUUGAUUGGGAUGGAUUUGAAAUAUUCUACAUGUCUAUAUGUUUCUCAGUUGGCCAGGCUUAGACCAAUACCAAUUACUCGACGCAACAAUGUAAUACAUAGUACUACUACUACUACUUUGGUUACACAUAUCAUUCCGUUGGUUUCUUUUUUUGUUCCAAAAAAAAAAAAAAAAAAAAAAAAAAAAAAAAAAACAAACAAACAAAUAUCGCUAUGUAAAAAUAGUAGUUAAAUUGAUUCUAAUUUGUUCAGGUGUACUUGUGUAUGUAAAGGUCUAUGGCUUUUGGUGCCCAGUUAGACCCAAAAAAAAAAAAAAAAUGGUGGAUGAAAGAGUGAGCAACAUCAUCAAUGUAUAGUUGCAAUGUUGCAUCAGGCCCAAUAAAUGUAUACUGGCAAUGUUGCCACAGGCCCAAUAACAACCAUAGCUUGAGGUCCAAUAAGAUGCCUCAUUAUGCUCCAUAACUUCAAACCACUUGCAUUUGUGUCUUCACGUUUCAAAUUGUUCAAUACUCUAUAUUUCAAUAUUUAUCAAAUUCGUUUUCCAUCGUAUAGUUUUAAUCCUUUGAUGGUCUAUCGGUUUAUAGUGUACGAUAAACCAAUAAAUCUAAAUUUCUUUC